AUGCCAUUCUGCAAACUGUUCAGCCUUGAAGUUAUUUGCAAAGCGGCUUUCAACAAGGACAUCUCGGUCCGGUCGACAGAAGAUGCUUUGACGUUCUUACAAGCAAUGGAAGACACCCCGAGAGUUCUUAUCAUGGCAUCAGUUUUUCCAUUCUUGAGAAGGUGGAAGAGACUUGGUGAGUAUCUUCCUGGCAUGGCUGGUCAUGCUUUUAAGCAGAGUAAACUUUUCGAGCAGUUUACACGAUCACUUUUCCGCGACUUCAAGCAAGAAUCGAAGACGGAUAACAUAGAGCGUUUUAUGGGGACACCACUCCUGCAAGGUGAAGAUAAAUAUCUCGGCAGACUGCUUAGUGAAGAUGAGGCUAUUGAAGAAGCAAUGGGUCUCUUCUUUGCAGGCAGUGGUACUACGUCUUCUACACUUCUUUACCUCUUUUACACCCUCUCAAGACCACAGAAUCGACACAUGCAGCACAAGCUACGGAAAGAGCUCCAAAAUACGGGUUGCAAACUCGCAGAAGUUAAGGACCUACCCUAUCUCAAUGCAGUGAUCAAGGAAACGAUGCGUCUCUACCCAACGAUCAUUGGAACUCUUCCACGCGUUCUUGAUCUCCCAAUACAGUCGGACAAGCUUGAGCUUCCGGCCGGCACGAUUGUUGGUAUGCAAAACUACGUGCACCACCGAGACCCAUCCGUGUACACAGAGCCAGAUACAUUCAUUCCAGAGCGUUGGAUCGGCCAAAGCCCAUCAAGUGAUCUGGAAAAAGCGUUCACUCCUUUUAGCUUAGGCUCCAGGAAUUGCAUUGGCCAGAAUCUAGCGAGGGCAGAGCUCUUAAUAGCGACUAGCCUAGUUUUUCGACGACUCGACUUACGACUAAACGACGCCAUGGAAGAGAGCGAUAUGGACAUGGAGGAUCGCUUUGCAGUAUCACCUAAGGGUAGGAGACUACUGCUUGAUGUAUCGGAAUUGUGUUAG